CACUAGUUCACAUGCAGUUUUCCCGGCACCUAACCGCCACAUUUGAAAACGCAGCUUGCAACGCAAACCACCACUCACCGGAAGCUGCUGCGGCGGUGCUAUCCCUACUCCGGCAAUGUCCCUCCACGAAGACCCUCCAACAGGUUCACACCCAAAUGGUGGUGAACUCCAUUCACAAACCCAACCACCUUCUCUCCAGAGCCAUACACCUCAAAGACUUCACCUACUCCUCCCUCAUCUUCUCCCAUAUCUCCCCUCACCCCAACGACUACGCCUUCAACAUCAUGCUCCGCGCCGUCACCACCACUUGGCACCGCUACCCUCUUGCCCUCACCCUCUACCACCAAAUGAAAUCACUCUCUAUACCCCCUAACAACUUCACCUUCCCUUUCGUGUUUCUCGCCUGCGCCAACCUCCCGGAUGAACUUAACGGCCGCGCUGCACACUCCUCGGUUUUUAAACUUGGGCUGGACACGGACCACCACACCGCGCACUCCAUGAUCACGAUGUAUGCUCGAUGUGGCCGGAUGGGGUGUGCGCGCAAGGUGUUUGAUGAAAUUCCGUCCAAGGACUUGGUGUCGUGGAACUCGAUGAUUUCGGGGUAUGCGAAGAUGGGUCACGCGAGGGAGGCCGUGGAGGUGUUUUCGCGGUUGAGGAGGGAAGGCGGAUUUGAGCCUGAUGAGAUGAGCUUGGUGAGCGUUCUUGGAGCGUGUGGUGAGAUGGGGGAUUUGGAGCUGGGGAGGUGGGUGGAAUGGUUCGUUGUGGAACGUGAUAUGGCGAUGAACUCGUAUAUAGGUUCUUCUUUGAUUAGUAUGUAUGCUAAAUGCGGUGACUUGGUUUCGGCUAGAAGGAUCUUUGACAGUAUGCCUAAAAGAGAUCUUAUCACGUGGAAUGCUAUUAUAUCAGGAUAUGCUCAAAACGGAAAGGCGGAUGAAGCAAUUUCUUUAUUUCAUGGCAUGAAGGAGGAUCAUGUUAAUCCGAAUAAAAUUACGCUAACUGCGGUGCUGUCUGCGUGUGCCUCCAUUGGGGCACUGGAUUUGGGGAAGCAGAUUGAUGAGCAUGCAUCACAAGGAGGAUGUCGACAUGAUAUUUUUGUGGCUACUGCAUUGGUUGAUAUGUAUGCUAAGUGUGGGAGUUUGGAGACUGCAGAGAGAGUUUUCAAUGAGAUGCCCCGAAAAAAUGAAGCUUCUUGGAAUGCAAUGAUCUCUGCUCUUGCUUCUCAUGGCAAAGCCAAGGAAGCUCUAUCACUCUUUCAGCGAAUGUCAGACGAGGGUGGCGGUGCCCGCCCCAAUGAUAUAACAUUUGUAGGGCUGCUUUCUGCUUGUGUGCAUGCAGGCCUGGUUGCUGAGGGGUAUAGGUUGUUUGAUAUGAUGAGCACAUUGUUUGGAUUGGUGCCAAAAAUUGAGCACUACUCUUGUAUGGUUGAUCUUUUAGCUCGUGCUGGUCAGUUAUAUGAAGCUUGGGAUCUGAUUGAGAAAAUGCCUGAAAAACCAGAUAAGGUUACAUUAGGAGCUUUACUCGGUGCCUGUCGAAGGAAGAAAAAUGUAGAUAUUGGUGAACGGGUUAUGCAGCUGCUUCUGGAGUUGGAUCCUUCAAAUUCUGGAAACUAUAUUAUCUCAUCAAAAAUAUAUGCAAAUUUAAACAUGUGGGAUGAUUCGGCAAGGAUGAGAGCGUUGAUGAAAGAGAAGGGUGUCACUAAAACUCCUGGUUGUAGCUGGAUUGAAAUUGAAAGUCACUUGCAUGAAUUUCACGCCGGUGAUGGCUUAUCCCUUGACUCUACAGAUAUAUGUAACUUGAUUGAUUUGCUCUACAUGGAGCUCAAAAGGGAAGGGUAUGUCCCUAAUAUUGUUGAAUAGCUGCGUGAGGAGCCAAAAGAUGUGUUUUAUUGGAAGUUACUAAGGUUGGGAAACUCACACUAAGUGGAAUUCAGCUGUCUCUCUCAGCUUAACCAUUCAUAUCUGUUGGGUUGAUUUCAUCAGGUUAGUGUCUUCUGAUGGCACAUCUUAAUAUAUGGUGGGAACCUCCUUUAUUGUUCUGCUGAUGUUUGUAUUGUUUUUACAUGAAGCUUGGAAUUAGAUCAUUUAAGGAGGAGGAUGAGCCUCUGACAUUUACAUCAGCCAACUGCUGAUCUUGUUGAUUUGGGUCGAAUGUAGCAACAGAAUUUGCUUCUUAAAGAGAACAAGAUUUUGUGUUGAUGAGGCAAACAGUUGUAGGCCAUUGAUGAUAAAAAGUUGAUGACAUGAGUGUAGGGAAAAAAAAGCUGUACCUUCCAUUUUCAGUUUUUAUCCUUGGUUAUUUUCUAUUUCAGUUCCAUUCUUCUAUAAUGUGACAAAAUAAUUCAAAAUGAUUAGACUUUAUGAGUUCAUGAUUAUAUGCACUUUCAUUCUUCUCUUAAUGAGAUUACCG